AUGGAUCCCGGUGCCGGAAGGUUCUGGCCGCAUGUGCCAGGCUAUGAGUCGGAUGACGACAACGGCCAUGAAGACUCCGAGGCCCACAUCGCUGCUCAAGCUCGGGAAAGUCUUCGCGAAGUUGUCAAACACUUGGGUUCCGAGUGGGAGGAGCUGGGAGUCCUCCACUUCAAAGCGCCUCAGACAAAGCUCAAGAAGGAGUCCAUCAAUAAGAUCUGCUCCUCCUUGCUUACACCGUCCUUCCGAAUUGAGCACACGGAGGCUCCUGUGGUUAGAGAUACCCUCCUGACCAACGGCAUGACGCAGACAACUGGCCGGGACUGGCUCGUCCAGUGGUCCGGCCCGGGCCUCCGCGACUCUGCCUACCAGGACAUGAACGAGUUCCAGCGCGUCAACCAUUUUCCUGGGUCCACCGAGCUCACUCGCAAGGACCGCCUGUGGAUGAAUUUUAGAGAUAUGGCGCAAACCUUCGGUGAUGCUUUCGACUUCGUGCCGCAGACUUUUGUGCUUCCUGGCCAGAUGCAGGAGUUCCUGGACUGCUACCAAAAGAAGGGUGGUCUGUGGAUCGUGAAGCCGAAUGCAUCUUCCAGAGGUCGUGGAAUCUUUGUCUUGCGUGAUGUGGCAGAUCUCCCAGUGGAUGAGAUGUCAGUGGUCUCUCGCUACGUGGAGAAUCCGCUGCUCAUCCAGGGGUUGAAGUUUGAUCUGCGAGUGUACGUGCUGGUCACCAGCUACGAGCCCUUGCGGGCUUACAUCUACAGAGAAGGCCUGGUGCGCUUUGCUUCCAAGCCUUAUAGCAAAGACCCGAAGCAUUUAACAGAUGCCUACCGUCAUUUGACCAACUAUUCGAUCAACAAGGGAUCUUCCAGCUUUGUGGAGAACUCCGAGGUUCAGGCGGACAACGUCGGCCACAAGUGGAGCAUAUCGGCGUUGAACAAGCACCUCAGGUGUAUUGGGGUAGAUGCUGAGCUUAUGUGGACCCGCAUCAUGGAUGCCAUUGUGAAGUCUCUUCUGUCUGUGGAGCCAGUGAUCGGGGCCCGAACAAAAGCCACUGCAAAUUACAGCCACAAUUGCUUUGAGUUGUAUGGCUUCGACGUGUUAGUCGAUCAGGACUUGAAGCCGUGGCUCUUGGAGGUCAACCUCAGUCCCAGCAUGCAGGCGGAUUCUCCUCUGGACUGGCAGAUCAAGAGCUCCUUGCUUUCAGACUCCUUCAAUCUCGUGGGCAUCAACAAGGUGACCAAGCAGCGACUAGCAGAAGCGACAAGAGCAAAGUCCAAGGUAGUCAAAGUGCCUGGUAAGCCACCAGGACCCCCCGAACGCAGGAGGCGCCAUCGCGUAUCUGGGCGAUCUGUCCUUCGCCAUCAGAAUCAAGAAUGUGAAGUAGAAGACGAGCAGGACUGCGAGGACUUGCCGUCUGUGCCUUUGGGCACGUUGGACGUCGAGGAGCUGCGGAGCACUGCGAAUGCCUUGCUUGAAUGCACCCGCAAUCGGAACUUCAUCCGGCUGUAUCCUACGCGUAAAGCGGUGCGACAUUAUGCCGUCAUUGUCGACAGCCAAGAGGCCAUGAAGCCUUGGCCCCGUGGUCGAAAGCCGGUCGUCGAGAAACUCACCGCUUCCCAAGUCUUGGCGUCUUUGCUCUUCGGGCCUCCGCCAAGCCACGGAAAGACUCUAACGAGUCGGCCGCGGUCCAGAGCGAUUUUAUGCUGCAGUCGCUCCAUACGGCGGCGCGAGCACAGAUACGAUGCCUUGGGAGAGGACGGGGGCGAAGAAACUUCAAACGUUGAGGCUUCACCGGCCUUGAGAAGCCAGUCGAUGCCCCGGGCACGGGCGAGGAAGGUCUCGCGACGCCAUGUGGUCGUAAUGAAGCGCAGCCCUGCGGAGGUGCUGAUGACAGCUGCAGUGGAGGCUGCAGAGGAAGAUCCCUCGAAGGACGAUGCGGAUAAGGCCUCUACCGGUGCAGCGACGCCGGCAAAGCAAGAGAAGCCAUCAGCGGAGUCAGAGAGGAAAGAUAUCAAGGCACUCGCAGAGAAGCUGGCGGAGAAACUGCAUGAGAAUGCGCAGGCAGGACGCCCGGUGAGUGGACAAAGAAGUCGGACCAGCAGCCGUCCUGGUUCAGCUGCCACCGUCAGGGUUGCGGUGUCUCGUACCGGCUCGAAAGCUGAUUCGGAAAGACGAGACACCAAGACACCUACAGAAACACUCGACGAGAAGUUCCGCGAGAGUGGACAGGCAAGCCGUCCGGUGAGCCGCUCUGCAAGUCGCCCUGCGAGUGGACGAAGCCGAGCAAGUCGUCCUGGCUCUGCAGCAGCUGCCAAGGCAGCAGCGGCGGCUGCCCUCGCUGGCGCCGUGACGCUGCCAUCAAGCCCGAAGUUUUCGCAGAAGACACCCCUGGCAGACAAGAUCUUGUACAAGCUGAUCGACACUGGACUGGCGGAAUCUCCACCCUUGGAUGUUGCCGGGCACGACUUCGACACCUUCGAGUCGCCUCGCUCUCGCAUCAGGUGGAAAUGGCUGCAGCUCGGGCAGGCGGAAAUUGAACUCUGA